CUUUCUAUUAGGUCACAUCUUAAUUUAUAACGAUAAGACAAUGUUGAAAUAAAGGUCACCAUUUCCAUUUGAAAAGCUGGCCGUAUAUGACUUGUUUGAAGUAUGGAGAAAACUUUGAUAACGUUGUUUAUUGUAUGCUCCGUUAUAAUUGCAUGCGAAGCAUGUACAUCCGGUUGGGAGUCAUUUGACGGAUCAUGUUACAAAUACUUUGCUGACAGAAAGAAGUGGUCCGAUGCAAAGACGUAUUGCGAAUCACAAGGAGCACAUUUAGCGAUAGUAUUGAGCAAUGAAGAAAACGCAUUUUUAAAAGCACUGCUAAGGAGGUCACAUAUAGGAUCAACCGAUCAGGUUUGGAUGGACGGUGAUGACUUGAAAACAGAAAACAACUUUAUCUGGGAGAAUACUGGUCAAGGAUUCGAAAUAACCGACUGGGGCCCUAAUGAACCUAACCAGAAUGGAGGUAAUGAAGACUGUCUUUCAUUUUUUGGAAGAUACGACUUCAAGUGGAAUGACGAACACUGUGACAAGCCCUUCGGCUUCCUGUGCGAAAAGGAAGCUGUUGGUACCGGAGGGGUUAUUGGUUAGAAAUGGCUAUGCAUGUUGUAUUAAGUUUUAUGCCAAAUAAAGAUUACAAUGUAAUGUAAAUAUCA